AUGGACGUCUUGGCGCAAAAUCCCCAAGUACCUGUCUUUAAACGCUUCAUUGGCUCAGACGAGGGUAUUUCGUGGACAACAGUUACCUGGGAUGACUAUAAGGACGACCUUAUCCGGGCGGCUUCGGUUUGCCGCCAAGUCCUCGCGGAUGAAGGUAUCAAGAACGGCGAUGUCGUUGGGUUGUGGCUCACCGGGCAUAAAUAUAGCGACUUCGUCUAUAUUUACGCCAUAUCAGCGGCCGGCUUCGUUCCCCAGGUCUUCAGCUCGAGGUAUCUUGCACAAGGCAUCGCUGUUAUCGGUGAUUUGCUCAAAGCAUGCAACGGGAAGGCACUACUGGUUGAUGCAGAAUAUAUCGAUCAUACCGCAGGCUUCAGUCUUCCUACUCGCACACUUCCUGGUCUUUCCUCCGGGUCGAAAUUGCCCGCAGAUGUUCCAACACUUCCUGAAGUCCAGAACGACGAUAUUGCGAUGAUAUUCCAUACGAGCGGAACCACAGGUGGCAAACCAAAGCCUAUCCCAGAAACGCAUCGUUGGAUCAAGAAUCAAUGUGACGUCCACUGGCGCACAGUUGGGGUAUGGCAAGGGAAGUUUGAUGGCCAGGACGUGAUCAACACCCUUGGAAAUUUUGCCCACGUAGGGACGGCUAUGAUGAUAAACUACCUAGCACCUAAGCACGGCUGUGCGAUUCAGACCCCUAGGGCGAACUUCAGUGCGGAGGAGUUACUCGCGAUGAUCGAGCAUGGAGGUGUCAACCGUCUGCAGUUAUACGCACCCUGGUUCUCAAACCUCAUCAGCAUCGCACGUAGAGACCCUCGAGUCUUGAACGGUCUUCGUGGCAUGCGACAUAUUGCUUAUACCGGUACAGCGCUCAAUCCUGAGGACGAAGCUUGGAUUCGAACCAACGACAUUCCAGCGACCAACAUGUAUGCAUCCACCGAAGCUGCUCCUUGUCUCAUAGCCAACCUUUCCGAUCGUCCAAGGCGUCAUUUGCUGCGCGUUAUUUCUGAUGUACAAGCCCAAUUCAUUCCCACAUCGAGCGUGAAUGAUAGCGGAACGAGAGAAGAAUCGCGGCAGGGCGAUGCUGGGAGAAAACUCUUCGAUCUCUUUUUCAGCGACACAGCUCCAAAUUGCCCUCAUCCAAGAGUCCGUAAUAGAGCAGACGGAUUCGUCACCGGUGAUUUGUUCGAAGAAGUCGAGCCUGGUUAUUAUGUAUUCCGUGGUAGGAAUGACGACUGGAUCCAGACGGGUCGCGCUCUUACUUUCUGUGAUACCAAGUCUAUCGAGGACAAUGUUUUCGUUACCUGCGCGGAUGUCGUACACAACUGUACGGUCGUCGGGAACUACAAACCUUUCCCCGUGCUCUUCGUUGAACCUGUCAACGAGACUGUCACAGAGGACGACAUUGACGCAUUGAAGAAGACUAUCAUCAAUCUUACCGCCCCAUACAAUGCACGUCUGUUCGUUGAUGAGCGCAUACAAGACCCGUCUCAUAUUGUUGUCGUUCCGAGAGAGUCGUUGAGCAGGACUGGGGAGAAAGGCAACGUUAGGCGCAAGAUAGUCGAGCAAGACUUCAAAGACGUAUUGGACAAUAUUUACACGGCAGCUCGGGGGUGA